AUGGCGGAUGAAGCGGAACAAUCAUUUCUAGCCGCACAGAAGGUUGCUAUGCAAGAACAAGGUGCAGACAUUGGUGAAAUGGAGGGUAGCGCAGAUACUCCAGACUCAGAUGAUUAUGAUCCUUCAGCAACAUUGCCGCAAGACUUCUCUGUUCCCACUGAGAUCUCGCAAGAGCGCUCUGCUUCUACUCGUCCCGUGUCUACUCUGCCUGAAGAUGCCUCUGCCCCUCAUGCACUUCUCUCACCCUCACAAAAUCGCCCUUCCUCUACGCCUACAGGUCAAGAUCUCUCCUCAGACACCCAGUUUCCUACUUCCAAACCCUCUGCACAGACACAACCUCGUCUCAAGGGUGGCUUUGUCAUUGAGGAUGAAGAUGAAGAAGUCGAAGACGAUGAAGUAAAGGACGGAGAUGUCUAUGAUUCAGCUGACGGGAUGGAGGCUCCUAUAACAGAGACUGCCACUGCUCCUCAAACUUCCCUCAAUAGCUUUGAUUCUCCUCAGGUAUCAAUACAAGGGGAUGUCCAAGCUUCUCUAAAAGCAAACAUUGUCUCAAAUGGCGCCGCUUCUGAUGUUCCUUCUUCUACUAUUGUACAGAGUGGAAAUGCUUUACCUCGUGAUAGCAGUGCUACACCUGCUCAGUCUUUGCCAAAUACUCAGGUGAAAAUUGCUCAGACUUCUUCUAGUGCUGAUACCCCUACAUCAACUUUGCCAAAGGCUCGCCUGGCUCAUGAUACUAUUGGUAUUCUUGAAGACCGAAUCAAGGAAGAUCCCCGGGGUGACAUGGACGCAUGGUUGUCUUUACUCGGCGAGCUUCGAAGCCGUAAUAAGAAGGACGAAGUACGCAGUGUGUAUAACAGUUUUUUCAAGACAUUCCCUUUCGCUGCGGAACAGUGGGCUUCUUACGCAACAUGGGAGAAUGAGAAUAACAACCUUUACGAACUAGAGCAGAUUUUCGCCCGGUCACUUCUGCAGGUCCCAAAUGUGCAGCUAUGGCAGAUCUAUCUCAACUACAUCAGACGGAGGAAUAGCAUGACUACAGGAGAUACUGCGAAGUCGUACAAAAUUAUUUCCGAGUCUUUCAAUUUCGCCCUCGAUAUUGUUGGCAUGGACAAAGACUCGGGUCAAAUUUGGCAAGAAUAUAUUAAUUUCAUUAAGACAGGGCCAGGGGUCGUCGGAGGCACUGGAUGGCAGGAUACUCAGAAGAUGGACUCGCUUCGUGCAGCUUAUCAGAAAGCUAUUGCGGUUCCGACUUCUGCUCUAGCUCCCUUAUGGAAGGAAUAUGAUGGCUUUGAGACGGGUCUCAGCAAGAUCAAUGGCCGUAAAUUUCUGCAAGAGAGAUCGCCAGCAUAUAUGACAGCCAGAACUUGCUAUACACAAUUACAGAACAUGACUCGCGAUCUGAACCGGACGACUCUGCCCAGAUUACCGCCCGCUCCAGGCUUUGAAGGUGAAGCAGAAUUCAUGAGACAGGUUCAACUAUGGAAAGAAUGGAUCGACUGGGAGAAGGCAGACAACUUGGUUUUGAAGGAUGACGAUCCUAAGACCUAUCGAAAGCGCAUUCUAUUCACCUACAAGCAAGCACUGAUGGCUUUACAAUUUUGGCCCGAGAUGUGGUACGAUGCUGCAGAAUUCUGCCUAGAAAGCGGCAUGGACAAGGAAGGUCUUGAUUUUCUCAAACAGGGGAUCGCUGCCAACCCAGAGUCAUGUCUCCUGGCUUUUAAGAUGGCUGAUCGUAUCGAGCUGACGACAAGUAAUGACGAUGGAAAUGAUCCUGGCGCGAAGACGAGAAUGGCAAAAGUGCGAGACCCAUACGACAAAGUCCUGAACGCACUUUACGACUUGGCAUCCAAGACGAAAGCUAAAGAAAGUCUUGAGAUUGCCAGGAUUGAAGAGAACAACAAGUCUAUUAUUAAUGCAAUACUUCCAACCAACGAGCCAGAUGCGGAGAAUGAGGAUGAUCCCGCUGAAACCGAGUCGAAGCGUGCAGCAGUUCAAGCUCAGAUUGAUGCUAUCAAGCAGGAUGCCGCUAUGCAGACCGCCCUCCUCCAGAAGACGAUUUCUUAUGCUUGGAUAGCUCUCAUUCGUGCUGCUCGCCGCGUCCAAGGCAAGGGGAUGGCGGGCGAGAAGAGCGGAGGUUUCCGGGUGAUUUUCGGCGAUGCUCGCAAGAAAGGUAAAAUCACCAGUGACGUGUAUGUGGAGAAUGCUCUCAUCGAGUAUCAUUGCUACAAAGACCCAGUCGGCACUAAGAUUUUUGAACGCGGCAUGAAAUUGUUCCCAGAAGAUGAGAAUUUCGCUCUGGAGUACUUGAAGCAUUUGAUUGCCAUCAACGACAUAACCAAUGCCAGAGCAGUCUUCGAGACGACUGUAGGCAAGCUCACCGCCAGCCCAGCCACCGCUUUUAGAGCGAAACCAAUCUUCGCCUUUCUGCACGAAUAUGAAUCUCACUUUGGGGAGUUGUCUCAAGUUGCGCGUUUAGAGAAACGCAUGCGAGAUUUGUAUCCAGAGGACGCAGUAGGUCUCAAGCACUUCGCGCAACGAUAUGGUUCUCGCAAUUUCGACCCUACAAGCGUUCGUCUCAUCUUUUCUUCAACGCAGAUUAGACCAUCUGCGUUUGUGUACCGCUCGGUUGAGGGCGAUCAAUCGAUCAACAACUCCCCUCCCACUAGGGUGACAGACACGAUGGCAACGAACUCUCCGAAGCGACCUUUACCGAUUGAUGAUUUGGAAGACAACCAGCCUCGCAAAAUAGCUCGCGCAGAAUCUCCACUCAAGGGAGCAGCAGGAAGACGCAUGAAUCAGCAACAGCGCACCCUUGGCGCUAAUGGGAAUUUUCAACCAACUCCACUGUCACAUGUACAAAUGCCUCCCCCAGCGCCACUUCCAGGCCAUCUGGCUUUUCUGUUAAGUAUUAUUCCGAAGGCUUCAACAUACGAAUUCCGACGCUUUGAUCCCGCGAAGAUGGUAGAACUCUUGAGAAAUGUACAAAUUCCUAGCUCAGCGCCAAUUCGGCAACCACCACCACCACCCCAACAAGGUCAACAGUGGCCACCACAUGCUUCUCAACCUCAGCAGCAGCAUCACCCGCAACCACCGAUGAUGCCACCUGGAAUGCCACCUGGAAUCCCCCCUGGUGUUGCAGGAAUGGUUCCUCCGCAGUAUACUGGUAAGAACUAG